AUGAGCUAUGAAAAUGGCUCGAUGACCGAGCAGGAGGAGGGCUCGAGCAAAGGGAAGGAGGCUAGGACGGAGAUAGUUCCGCAGGAUGAGCUUAUAGAGAUUUCUCUGGUGGAAGGAGAGCCGGAGAAGGUGACUAAGAUCCCGAGGGCCGAGAAUGGAAGAGCUGAUUUAUUGUCUAAGGUCGGAGCCUCGCUAGUGGAUUGCAGAUCUCGUUCAGUAACACUAAUGCAAAUGGGGUCUAGUAUUUUGGAGGGGGUUAUGGAGUUAGAAGAAAAGGAAGAUUGGAGGAGUCCUAUUUUAGGUUGGUUGGCACAAGCGGACUUGGGGCAGCAAGAUGUGCGGGGUGAUAAGUUAGGUCGGAGGGCUCUGAGGUUCUUUGUUCAGGAGGUGCCCAAAGAAAAAGAGGAAGGAAAGAAAAGCAUACCCAUGGUAAAUAAAGAGCUCGCUGGAGAAGGAGCACAAAACGCCGAGGCUCGAAGCGAAUCGUCGGAAAAGAGACGCAAAACGCCGAGGGUUGAAGCAAAUCGCCGGAGAUGUAGGGAUGGGCUUUUUGCUGAAACCUAG